AUGGCGCCGCGUCAGCCUGAAGUGACUCGAUCAGCUCCGAGCGGACGGGUAUUUGCCGCUCAAGUUGAGGAACCUGCCGAGGCCGAGGAGCGCCAUGUUGUGGCAGUUCAAGUGGGUAACUGGAUUAUGCCGAUCCACAUGCUGGUGCUCAAGAAGUUAAAGGACUUCGAUGUCAUCUUGGGCAUAGACUGGCUCUCGAAAUACUAUGCGUCUAUCGACUGUAAAAGCAAACUAAAGAUAAAGUCAGAGGAUGUUCAGAAGACCACAUUUCGUACGCAGUAUGGGCAUUAUGAAUUCACGGUCAUGCCAUUUGGGCUCAUUAACGCCCCAGCAGCAUUCAUGGAUCUAAUGAACCAUGUCUUCAAGGCGUAUUUGGACCGAUUUGUCGUGGUUUUCAUAGACGGCAUCUUAAUCUAUUCUCGCAGCGACGAGGAGCAUGCCGAGCAUUUGAGGGCAAAUGUAGUUGCCGAUGCUCUUAGCAGGAAGUCGGCGGAGAACCUCGCAUUGUGGGUCACAAACCAAGUGCCCUUGUGGAAGGAAAUGGGGCAAAUGGAUCUCGAGGUUGUAGCUCCGGAGGUUACGACUAUGCUAUCUACUCUCGUUGUCCAACCGACCUUGUUGGACAGGAUUAAAAGCCUGCAACCUGCAGACCUGAAUCUCCAAAAGGUACAGCGCGACAUCGAGGGUGGGUGUGGCGGUGACUUCAGUAUAAACGCCGGCGGUGUGCUUCGGUAUGGAAACCGGUGGUGUGUGCUAGAAGGUGAAGAUGUGCGCAAGCUGAUUGCAAGAAGCGCAUUGGUCUCCUUAUAG